CUUAAGAUUGUCUUGUCCCUGCCUUCAACAGCUUCUUGUACACCAGUUCCAGUUCUUCUCAAAAUUGAUCAUCUUCCCCAUUGCCACUGGCACCGUUACUCAUUCCCGCCCUGCGAUUAGAUUCGAUUUUUCUGAAUCCAUGCGAUCGGACAAUCCAAUCCCUCUCUUUGUCGUACAUCAAAGCCAAUUUUCACUCAUUUUCCAGGGAAACAAACAAAGUUCUCCAUGGGAUCGGGCAAUCCAAUCCCUCUCUUUGUCAUACAUCGAAUCCAAUUUUCACUCAUUUUCCAGGAAAACAAACAAAGUUCUCUAUGCGUUCGGACAAUCCAAUCUCUCACUUUGUCAUACAUCGAAUCCAAUUUUCACUCAUUUUCCAGGGAAACAAACAAAGUUCUCUAUGCGUUCGGACAAUCCAAUCUCUCACUUUGUCAUACAUUGAAUCCAAUUUUCACUCAUUUUCCAGGAAACAAACUAAGUUCGCCAUCAUCACCAUCAAACUGAAACUGACCAGCCGGCCAAUCAACCAUAUAUAAUCUUCAUCAUUGGUUGAUCACACUUCACAGUUGACACUUGUAUACAGCAGGCUAGAGAGAGAGAGAUGGAGAAGAUAGAGCACAAGAUGGUACCUGUAAACGGUCUGAACAUGCACAUCGCAGAACUGGGUAAAGGUCCAUUAGUCCUAUUCCUCCACGGCUUCCCUGAACUCUGGUACUCAUGGCGCCACCAGAUCCUUUACAUGGCGGUUCACGGCUACCGAGCGGUGGCGCCGGACCUCCGCGGCUACGGAGACACCACCGGUGCACCCAUUAACGACCCCACCAAAUUCACCAUUUUCCAUAUUCUGGGUGACAUCGUUGGACUUCUCGAUGCCAUUGCACCGAAUGAGGACAAGGUGUUUGUUGUUGGGCAUGACUGGGGUGCAUACAUUGCUUGGCUGUUGUGCUUGUAUAGACCUGAUAAAGUCAAGGCUUUGGUGAACUUGAGUGUUGCUUUUAUGCCGAGGACUCCUACGGUGCAGACUUUUCGUGCUCUCUAUGGGGAUGAUCACUACAUUUGCAGAUUUCAGGAACCUGGGGAUAUAGAAGCUGAAUUUGCUCAGAUUGGAGUGAAAAGAGUUGUCAAGAAAUUCCUUACAUUCCGCACUCCCGGUCCAUUUCAUUUUCCUAAAGGUAAAGGGUUUGGAGAUUCACCUGACGCUCCAAUUGUUUUGCCAUCUUGGUUGUCGGAAGAAGAUGUUAAUUAUUAUGCCAGCAAAUUUGAGAAGAAUGGCUUCACUGGAGGGGUAAACUACUACCGAUCCAUUGAUAUAAACAGUGAACUCACGGCACCCUGGAUUGGAGCUCAAGUAAAAGUACCAGUGAAGUUUAUUGUGGGGGACUUAGACUUGACCUAUCAUAUCCCAGGCACCAAGGAAUACAUACACAAUGGUGGGUUCCUGAAAGAUGUGCCAUUGUUGGAGAAAGUAGUAGUAAUGGAAGGCGCAGCCCACUUCAUCAACCAAGAAAAGGCAGAAGAGAUCAACAAACACAUUUAUGACUUUUUUCAGAAGUUCUGA